AUGAUGGGUGCCCCUGGGCCUGGGUCCAAACUCCCCAACUCGGACUUCUCUGUCGGCGACUCCACCGCUCCGGAGUCACUUCAUGGCCACCAGGAUGGUCUCGUGAAUGCUUUGGGCCAUCGCCGCGUGUCGGGCUCCUGCAGCCACAGCUCCCCGGGAGCGGCCGAGCAGCCGAGCUCCAGGAAGAAGACAAUCCCCGUGGCCGCAGCAGCGCUCACUGAGCAGGGGCAGGUGCGGGGCAUCCAGGGAGCCUCUGCCGCGGAGCCCAAGCACAGGCGGAUAGAAAGGGGCAGGCACAAGUUCCCUACUGGCUCUGACCUUCCCUCACUCCUGCUCUGUCAUCUACACUCCCAGGUCCUUGAGUCGUGGCUGCAGCGGCCCCUGCCCGAGGACCUGGCCGAGGCUCUGGCCAGCGGGGUCAUCCUGUGCCAGCUGGCCAACCAGUUACGGCCUCGCUCCGUGCCCUUCAUCCAUGUGCCCUCCCCUGCUGUGCCAAAACUGAGUGCCCUCAAGGCUCGGAAGAACGUGGAGAGUUUCCUAGAAGCCUGUCGAAAAAUGGGGGUGCCUGAGGCUGACCUGUGCUCGCCCUCGGAUCUCCUCCAGGGCACCACCCGGGGGCUGCGGACUGUGUUGGAGGCUGUGAAGCGGGUGGGGGGCAAGGCCCUGCCGCCCCUCUGGCCCCCCUCUGGUCUAGGUGGCUUCAUAGUCUUCUACGUGGUCCUCAUGCUGCUGCUCUAUGUCGCCUACACUCGGCUCCUGGGUUCCUAGGACCCAAAAUCAGCCCUCCUUCACCCCUUUCCCUCCCCCCUUCUAUUUAUAAGGCCCCUGCUCCACGUGACCCUGCCUUCGGUGCCUUCAGCCCCAACCAAAGACACUAGUGCACCCCUUCAUAGACACUGACCUCAGAGGCCCCACUCUGGUGCCCCCAGACCCUGGGCCCCCAGCCUCUGGCCUCCCUCCGGUAGCCCCAUGAGUCCCCACCUCUCAGUGUUGACGGUGCCUUCAUACCCCCGCUGGCCCUGCCCCUGCUCUCUGUGCCCCUUGAGGGGUGGCAGGAGCUGGAGUCGCCCCCUUCUUUUUAUGCUGUUCCCCCUGCCAGCUGCUAUGGGGGGCUAAAUUAUCUCUUAUUUUGUAGAAAGGAUCUAUAUUUGUAGGGGUGUGGGGCCCAGUCCGGGUUCCUAUCUCUGUGUAUAAACUGUACAGACUGUGGCCGCCUUGCCUGUGUAUGUGUGUGUGUGUUCAUGAGCAUGUCUGGUCUGCGUGUGCGCGAACACAUCUGCGCGUUGUGUGCGAACACGUCUGCUCUCCAUGGUGGUGGCAGUGGCCAUGGCCAUGGCUCUGUGCAUCUCCCUCUGGAGAUGCCAGCCUCAUGCUCCCGGAGCCUCAGCCCCUAUGUCAUUCUCCUUUCUGUUACCGCUGACAGCUUUCUUGGGUCUCAUUUGUCACCGAGCCCCGACUGCACGGUGUCUCCCAGAAUGCCCGGGCCUGCCCCCGACCCCCUGCCAUGGGUGGGAAGUCGUCGGGGGCACUGUGGGGAAGCUAACCUGGCCCCUUCCCCCAGGAGUCCCUGUGCCAGCCCCACCACAUCCUGGAGGAGGAGGGGGCCUCGGGAAGGGGCCUCCCCUACAUCGCUGCUGUCGUCCACGCCCUGCUGGACCGGCCUUAGGGGUGAAGGUGGGGUCACAGGGCCCACCCCGCCUAGGACCCGGGAAGUAGAAGACGCACCUGGGCUCCAUGCUCUGAGACAAGAACUCAGUGAGGGCAGCCUGGGACCCCUUGGCCUUCAGGCUUGGCCGUCGCCGGGGGUGGAAGGCCCACGGGUGUCGCAGGUGUCGUGUCAACUGCAAUAAACAGAAGCCAGAAGUCCUCUGGGUGGCCCUCA